UGACAGAAGAAGUAUCAUUGGGUCGAUGUAGAUUAUGUGGUCGAGUGCAGUGCACACGUUGUGGAAAGGAAGAGCAUGGUCGGAUAUCCUGUGAAGAGUACGCGGUGCUGGCUGGCAAUGCCGAUGAAUCAGUGCGCAAGUGGAUGCGAGAGGAUAAGAGAUUUCGCCGAAUUUGCCCAAAUCGGAAUUGCAAAACAGUCAUUGAGAAGCUCGGCGGAUGCAAUCACGUACAAUGUAUGCAGUGUAAAGUACACUUCUGCUGGGAAUGCGAGUAUUUCACUGUAAGUUUUUAUUUUUCGCUUAAAUUUUGCUGA